AUGAAACACCACCGCCAUGGCCAUUGGGUCGCCGAACACAAAGCCCAGCGUAUUCUCUCAAUCAUACACUUCGCGUACCCCAUCGUACUGCUCGUCUACUUCCUUACCACCUUUACCAUCCGCAGCAUUGUGUCUGCAUCUGGUCCAGAGAGCGAUGAUCACACUUCCCAGCCGCAACUAGGCCCUGGCGGCAAGCCUCUACCAAAAAAGAAGGCUCCGGUCGAGGACAAGAAGAACACUUUCCUUGACUUCAGCAGACCGCGAAAGUUGCUGUUCGAGUGGUUGGCUCUAGCAGCUACUCUCACCCUCGCCGGCAAUGCCGUUACUGUAGUCGUUCACGCUCUGUAUGCCCGUAAGGAAGAGUGGUGGUGUGGACAAGCCACCGUCGUCUACAUUGUCGGUGCAUUCAUGGUCUACACUCUGAUUCUCAUCUCCAUCUUCGACACAAAACCCUCCCCCACCUGGGUCCAUGCCUCAUCAUGGGCUCUCGCCGCCGCCAUGGAUAUCGUCCUGCUCGCUUCCUCCUUCGCCCUAUAUACCCAUGCUCACCACGAGCCCAAGGCUGGCAAUCCGUCGGGUGGUCACUUGGAAAGAGAAAUGACUGAAUGGGAGAUCACUGGUGUCACCUUGGAUCUGGUCCGCAUCAUUCUGCUUCUCGCUCUCGUGGCAUUCUACGUUCUUUUCGUCACCCUGCACGCGAGAAGCCAGAGCAAGCAAACUGCCGACCAGGACUCUACAAGCGAGACCACCGGGCUGCUAGCUGAAGAUCGUGCCGAAGCCGGUGCUGCAAAUGGCUCAGCCAACGGAUCUGCCAACGGAGCCAACGGAUACGGUGCAACCCAGCCAAAUGGACAAAACAAGCCCAAAAAGCCUGCGGAUGCUCCUGCUGGAAGUUGGUGGGAAUAUAUCAGGGGUUACUCCAUGUUCUUCCCUUACCUCUGGCCCUCCAAGGACCGCAGACUACAAUUUGUUGUUGUUAUUUGCUUCCUCAUUAUGCUUGUUCAACGUGGUAUUCAGAUCCUGGUGCCCAUCCAAGCCGGCAGAAUUACGAAUGAGUUGACUCACGCCGACACAGUCGGUAUGCCCUGGACAUCCAUCUGUCUUUACAUCUUCUAUCGUCUUCUUCAAGGCAACAAUGGUCUUCUUGGCGCUACUCGCUCCAUCAUCUGGCUGCCCGUCAGUCAAUAUUCUUUCCGCGAGCUAUCCAUCGCCUCCUUUGAACAUGUUCAUAGUCUGAGUUUGGACUUCCAUCUAGGCAAAAAGACUGGAGAAGUCCUUUCUGCCCUAGGCAAGGGUAAUGCCAUUAACAACUUCCUCGAGUCUGUCACCUUCCAGGUCAUCCCUAUGCUGGUCGAUCUGUUCAUCGCUAUCGGAUACUUCCUUGUUGCAUUCGACGUCUACUAUGCCCUCAUUGUGGCCGUCGUCACAUUCUGGUACAUCUACUUGACCAUUCGCAUGGCCCAGUGGCGUGCCGACAUCCGCAGACAGAUGGUAAACUCGGACAGAGAGGUUGAUGCUGUCAAGAACGAUUCUAUGGUCUCAUACGAGACUGUCAAGUACUUCAAUGCUGAAGCCUACGAAUUCAACAGAUAUCGGGAAGCAGUCGAGAAGUACCAAAAGGCUGAGUAUUCGGUUGUCAUCUCGCUUAACUUCAUGAACGUCACACAAAACAUGGUCUUCAUGGUUGGCUUGAUGAUUGCCUGUUUCGUUGCCGCUUACCAGGUCACCACUGGUCAACGCAGUGUCGGUGAUUUCGUCAUCUUACUGACCUACAUGGCUCAGCUGCAAGGGCCUCUGAACUUCUUUGGCACUUUCUACCGCAUGAUCCAAAGUGCCAUGAUCAACUCUGAGCGCAUGCUCGAGUUGUUCAAAGAAGAGCCAACCGUCGUUGAUGCUCCAGGGGUCACAACCCUGCCCAGCUGUGAAGGUGAUAUCCGCUUCAACGACGUCCACUUUGCUUAUGACGCCCGCAAGCCUGCCUUGAAAGGACUUGACUUCCGCUGUAAGCCUGGUACAACAACUGCUCUGGUUGGAGAAUCUGGUGGCGGCAAGUCAACUGUCUUCCGUCUACUCUUCCGCUUCUACAACACCGAGUCUGGCACGAUCCAGGUUGAUGGACACGAUGUAGCCGACGUAUCGAUCGACAGCGUGCGCAGGCAUAUCGGUGUUGUACCUCAAGACACUGUUCUCUUCAACGAAACAUUAAUGUAUAACCUGAAGUACGCCAACCCUUCCGUAAGCGACGAGGUGGUUUAUGAAGCAUGCAAAGCUGCGUCGAUCCACGACAAGAUCCUCUCGUUCCCUGACGGGUACAACACCAAGGUCGGUGAGCGCGGUCUUCGUCUCUCAGGUGGCGAGAAGCAGCGUGUCGCGAUCGCCCGAACCAUUAUCAAGGACCCUCGCAUCAUUCUUCUCGACGAAGCUACUGCUGCUUUGGAUACCGAGACUGAAGAGCAUAUCCAGGAAGCCCUUACAACUCUCGCACAAGGAAGAACCAUGCUUGUUAUUGCUCAUCGUCUAUCCACCAUCACUAUGGCUGAUCAGAUCUGCGUUCUUCACGAAGGCCGUGUUGCCGAACGCGGCACACAUCAAGAAUUGCUCGACCUGAAGGGCAAGUACUAUUCGAUGUGGCGCAAGCAAGUCCGUGCUCAAAAGGCAGCUGAAGAGGCCAAGGUCUUGAAAGACAAGGCCGAGAGACUGCGAAGAGAGAGUCGAAGUGGUGAAGUGCCACACGAGGGUGACACUUCAGCUGGCAGCAGUGAAGACGAAAAGGAGAGACAGCGAAGCGCGCAAAAGACACAAAACAUGCAAGCUCCUGUCGACGCUGGCGAGGCUCCCACAGAGGUUGCACGUCAAGCAGAAAGGACCAUGCCACAUGGGCAUCCUUGA